AUGGGCACUGAUAAGGUGCUGUCUGAGAAGCUCGUCUUGGAGAAGACGAAGGUAAAGUCGUUGAGCGAUGUGCAGCGGCUUGACAUGUGGGGUGAGGGACUCACCGACAUCUCACUCAUAGCGAAACUUCCCCGGCUCGAAGUGCUUGCCCUCGCAGCGAACAAUGUAUCCUCGCUGAAGGCGUUGCAAGGGUGCGAAAUGUUGCAGGAGUUGUACCUGCGCAAGAACAAGGUGGCGAAUCUUCGCGAGGUGACGACCUUGCGGGCGCUGCCGACGCUUAGCGUGCUGUGGUUGCGUGACAAUCCAUGUACACAGCACCCGUACUACCGCGAGUUCGUGUUGCACUGCUGCCCGGGGCUGCGACAGCUGGACGGGGUCGAGAUCACCGCAGAAGAGCGUAAGGCAGCAGCAAAGCGCUUGACAACAAAGGCGCUGGACGAAAUUCUCGGGAGGUCCGCAUCCGCGGACGCAGCCUCGUCUCCCCGACCCAAGAAGAGCACUGGAGCCGGCAGCAGUCCUGCGAAGGCGACGGAGGCCACGCCGUCCAGCACGCCCGGCGGCGCCUCUGACAGCACUGCCACGAUCGAGGAGCGGAAUGCCAGCGGCAGGACGGUCCUGUUCACCACUGUUGCUGCCCAGCGCGCGAUGCUGCUGUCCAUUGUGUCGCUGCUGUCGGAGUUGACUGUGGAGUCGUUGGAGCUGCUGCAGCGCGAAGUGCAAGAGCGCGUUGAGAAACAGAAGGAGAAGCUUGCCAAGUACGUACAGGAGAAUUCGCAGUAG